GUAUAAAAGAAAACCAAGGAAUGUAAUUCCAUCAGUUUAGUUCAUGGCAUUGCUAACAAAAUGAAAUUAAUUUCCCUGUUGAUUUCACUCGGUCUAUUGGCCAUAACGAUGGCCUCACCGCUGGUUCCGGGUAACGUUAUUAUCAAUGGAGAUUGCCGAAACUGUAAUGUGCACGGAGGCUGAUCUGGAGCUAAAACCCUAAAGGUUAUGUAACUCACACUUAUAGAAAAUACAUUUUCUGCAGAUAAA